AUGACUCUGUGCCAGCUUGGAAGGGAGCCAUACACAGAGUCUGCAUAUGAUGAAUGGCAGGUGCUGAACUCAACCUUUCUGUGUGAGUGCAACGACGCCACAGCUACCAGUGCGGAGUACUACCGAUUCAAGGAUGGCGCGUUUAGUAGUCUCAACUCAACAUGUGAAGAAAAUGGCGGCUCCCCAGACCCCUCGGCUUCCAACUCGGGUGUCAUUGCCGGCAGUGUUGUUGCUGUCGUUCUUGUCUUGCUGAUCAUAGUGGCUGUCGUGAUCGUCUGGUAUCGUAAAGGUGGCAAGAAACUUGUUUCUGGGCGCAAAAAGAGGGUUUCGAAGUCACGAACCGCGGCAUCAGCAGACGACACAGAAGGGAGACAGAGAUAUGCCGGUGACUUCUUACCGUCGGGUGCACAUCGAAACCCGGCCUUUGCUGCGUCCCUGGACCCGAGCCCCGAGCCAGACGAGGACUACGGCUACAUCAAUCCAGACACCGUUCAGCCGAGUCGGCAGCCAGACAAGCAGCCAGCGAGUGGUGAGACGGGGAGCCACUCCACUCCCAAACAGCGCCCUCCGAUCGUCGCCCCGUACCAGCCUAAGCCUACAAAUGCUGGUCAGACAGGGUCAGACCACGGUCCAAAUAUGCCGACCUCAGAUCAGGGUUAUACCAGUCUGACCCCACCACUUGGGUCCCCGCUCAACCCCCAAUCUUCACCACUUGAGGGCGGUUUUAGUGGGUCAGAUAAUGAUGGCGGCUAUCAAGCCCUGACCACGGGCCCUCAUGUAGAUCUGCCUUCAUCCCCGGAUCACGAUGCAUACAACCAUUUGGAGUUUACAAAAUGAUUUCUUACAUUGCCUGUUAUUGUCGAUCACGUUAGUUUUUAAAAUGUUUUAGGCCUAUACUAUAGCUCUUACAAUUAUAAAAUCAGCAAAAGCUUUUUGGGGGGCCAAUUAAAAUUAGACACUUGGUUAUACGUCGAAUAAUAUUGCAGUCUUGAUACACAUAGGCCUACGUAGCUUUUUCUUUGACUUUCACCACUGGUUGAAUUAUCAUUCGGGCCACCGGGGCUAUAUAGUUUUUUCCAAAUUUGCAUCCUGCCCCCUACUUUCACCAUUAAACAUUAGCACCUGAAUUUCCACCUGGUGAAAGCACAGUAUGUAUGUUCAACCCUGGGUUUGAAACUUGCUUCAUGUAUCCUGAUUCGGUACCGCAAUUACGUACCACAAGUAGCAAGUAAUGUUAUGGAUUUAUAUCGUGGACUUGGUGUUGUUAUUUUUAACGUGUAC